GGCGGCGGCGGCGGAGAGCGCCGCGGAGAGCCGAGCGGGAGGGCGGCGGGUGCGGAGCGGGCGAGCGAGCGAGCGCGGCCGCCACAAAGCUCGGGCGCCGCGGGGUGUGCGCGCGGCGUAGCUGGCCCGGCGCGGCUUCUGCUCUCCGGGCUGGCGGGGCCCGGGCGCCCCGAGGCCGCGGCUUUCCAGGGCGCCCUGUGCGUUCGCAAGUUGCGAGCAAAGUUUGGUGGAGGAGACGCCGAGCCUGAGUCCUUUCUUCCCCUCGCUCCGCAAACCCGAGGGCAGCCGGCGGGCGUCAUGCCCGCGCUCCUCCUCAGCCUGGGGCGCGCCUGAAGCCUCGGAGCCUUGGCUCAGGCAGGACCCGAGGACCACUCUGUUUUGGAGUUUCCCCCGAGUUCGUCGCUUGCUCCAUCCCGACUCACGCCGGGCGCGGGGACAGACCGGCGGCCGAGGAGCGUUGCCAUUCAAGGGGCUGCAGCGGCUUCGGCGGCACCUUGGCUCCGGAGUGCGCCGCAGGCUGGAGGCAUUGCUGGCAGUCCAUGCUCGCAGACGAGGUGUGCAGAUGGGAGUGACGUCCACGUGGAGAUAUGGAAGAGGACGGGGGACUGGUACGGCCACAGCCGUGCUCAGCUGGGCCCGCUGGGGCUGCCUGGUCGCGGUCACCAUGGCAACCUUGUCCCUGGCCCGGCCCUCCUUCGAUCUAGUGGAGGAUACCACAUUAGAGCCGGAAGAGCCACCAACCAAAUACCAAAUCUCCCAACCUGAAGUUUACGUGGCCGCGCCCGGGGAGUCGCUAGAGUUGCGCUGUCCGUUGAGAGAUGCCGCCACGAUCAUUUGGACUAAGGAUGGGGUACACUUGGGGCCCAACAAUAGGACAGUGCUUAUUGGGGAAUACUUGCAGAUAAAAGGUGCCACACCUAGAGACUCCGGCCUCUAUGCUUGCACGGCGGCUAGGCCGGUAGACAGUGAGGCUGUCUACUUCAUGGUGAAUGUCACAGAUGCCAUCUCAUCCGGAGAUGACGAGGACGACACGGAUGGUUCCGAGGAUUUUGUCAGUGAGAACAGUAACAACAAGAGAGCCCCGUACUGGACCAACACAGAAAAGAUGGAAAAGCGACUUCAUGCUGUCCCUGCAGCCAAUACUGUCAAGUUUCGCUGUCCGGCUGGGGGAAAUCCAGCACCAACUAUGCGGUGGCUGAAGAAUGGAAAGGACUUUAAGCAGGAACAUCGCAUUGGAGGCUAUAAGGUGCGAAACCAACAUUGGAGCCUUAUUAUGGAGAGCGUGGUCCCGUCUGACAAAGGAAAUUACACCUGUGUGGUAGAGAAUGAGUAUGGUUCCAUCAAUCACACGUACCACCUCGAUGUUGUUGAGCGAUCGCCACACCGGCCCAUCCUCCAAGCUGGACUGCCAGCGAACGCCUCCACUGUGGUCGGAGGCGACGUGGAGUUUGUCUGCAAAGUUUACAGCGACGCCCAGCCCCACAUUCAGUGGAUCAAACAUGUAGAAAAGAACGGCAGCAAAUACGGGCCCGACGGGCUGCCUUACCUCAAGGUGCUGAAGGUUUCUGCCGAAUCCAGUUCUUCCAUGAACUCCAACACCCCGCUGGUAAGGAUAACCACGCGCCUCUCCUCAACGGCAGACACCCCCAUGUUGGCAGGGGUCUCCGAGUAUGAAUUGCCAGAAGAUCCAAAGUGGGAGUUCCCGAGAGAUAAGCUGACGCUGGGCAAACCUCUGGGGGAAGGUUGCUUUGGGCAAGUGGUCAUGGCUGAGGCGGUGGGAAUUGACAAAGAGAAGCCCAAGGAAGCAGUCACUGUGGCCGUGAAGAUGUUGAAAGAUGAUGCCACAGAGAAGGAUCUUUCUGAUUUAGUGUCAGAGAUGGAGAUGAUGAAGAUGAUUGGAAAACACAAAAAUAUCAUAAAUCUCCUUGGAGCCUGUACUCAGGAUGGGCCUCUCUACGUCAUCGUCGAGUAUGCCUCGAAAGGCAACCUCCGCGAGUACCUCCGAGCCCGAAGGCCGCCCGGGAUGGAGUACUCCUAUGACAUUAACCGAGUUCCCGAGGAGCAGAUGACCUUCAAGGACUUGGUGUCCUGCACCUACCAACUGGCAAGAGGCAUGGAGUACUUGGCUUCCCAGAAAUGUAUUCAUCGGGAUUUAGCUGCCAGAAAUGUUUUGGUAACAGAAAACAAUGUCAUGAAAAUAGCAGACUUUGGACUGGCCAGGGAUAUCAACAAUAUAGACUAUUACAAAAAGACCACAAACGGGCGACUUCCAGUCAAGUGGAUGGCCCCAGAAGCCCUUUUUGACCGAGUGUACACCCACCAGAGUGACGUGUGGUCCUUCGGGGUGUUAAUGUGGGAGAUUUUCACGUUAGGGGGCUCACCCUACCCAGGGAUUCCAGUGGAGGAACUUUUUAAGCUGCUUAAGGAAGGACACAGGAUGGAUAAGCCAGCAAACUGCACCAAUGAACUGUAUAUGAUGAUGAGGGACUGUUGGCAUGCGGUGCCCUCCCAGAGGCCGACGUUCAAACAGUUGGUAGAGGACUUGGAUCGGAUUCUCACUCUCACAACCAAUGAGGAAUACUUGGACCUCAGUCAGCCUCUCGAACAGUAUUCACCUAGUUAUCCUGACACAAGGAGUUCUUGUUCUUCAGGAGACGAUUCUGUUUUCUCUCCGGACCCCAUGCCUUACGAACCCUGCCUUCCUCAGUACCCACAUGGAAACGGCAGUGUUAAAACAUGAAUGAGCUUGUCCUUCUGUCCCCACACAGGACAGCACCAGGAACCUAGCCACACGAGCAAGGAGGCCAUGCCUCCAGGAGCUUGUUGGCUCCGCUUGUAUAUAUGGAUCAGAGGAGUAAAUAAUUGGAAAAGUAAUCGGCACACGUGUAAAGAAUUUAUACAGUUGGAAACUUGUAAUCUUCACCUGGAGAAGAAGAAUGUUUCUGGGGCCAUGGACUGCCAUGGGCCACCACGCGCCCAUGACCCACUGUGGGUACUGGCUGUGGACCAGCUGGACUUGAGGCAAACUUAGGUUCUGCCUUCCUUGUGAAUUUUGUAAUAAUAGGAGAAAAUAUAUGUCAGCACACACAACGGCACAAUUGCAGUAUAUAAGUGCUGGAUGUAUGUAAAUAUAUUCAAAUUAUGUAUAAAUAUAUAUUAUAUAUUUACAAGGAAUUAUUUUUUGUAUUGAUUUUAAAUGGAUGUCCCAAUGCACCUAGAAAAUUGGUCUCUCUUUUUGUAAUAGCUAUUUCCUAAAUGCUGUUCUUACACAGAAUUUCUUAAUUUUCACCGAGCAGAGGUGGAAGAAUACUUUUGCUUUCAGGGAAAAUGGUAUAACAUUAAUUUAUUAAUGAAUUGGUAAUAUACAAAACAAUUAAUCAUUUAUAGUUUUGUGGUUUUUUUUGUUUUUGUUUUGUAAUUUAAGUGGCGUUUCUUUGCAAGCAGCACAUCGGACUAGUCAAUCUAUUGCUUGGACUUAACUAGUUAUCAGAUUCUUUGAAAAGAGAAAUAUUUACAGAAUAUGACUAAUUUGGGGAAAAUGAAGUUUUGAUUUAUUUGUUUUAAACCCUGCUGUCAGAUGGUGGUUCUUACACCACCAAAAUGCCAAGAGGAAACAAACCCAUUAAUAAGAGAGUAUUUUGUUUUGCUGUUCAGCUCUGUCAUUGGGCCCAUGGAACAUUUAACUGGACUUCCCAAGACAAAUGGGACCAGCGUUCUCUUAAAAAGAUGCCUUAAUCCAUUCCUUGAGGAUGGACCUUAGUUGAGAUGAUAGCCGACUGUCCUCCCCGGCAGCUGGUCUUCUGCGCCGAGUUGCACGUUAAUCAGAUUAGCCUGUAUUCUCUUCAGUGGAUUUUGAUCAUGGCUUCCAGAUUCAUUGGCGUUAGAGAGAAGGCUUUUAGAAUUGAAACCCUUAGUUGUUCUGCUGAUAGUCUUUGGAGACACUUCCAUCUUUUUAAGGGAUUGCUUCUGUCUAAUUCUGGCAGGACCUCACCAAAAGAUUGGGCCUCAUACCAGCGUCAGACACAAUGUUGCCAUGUUGUGCGUUUUGUAUGAAAGGAUUGUGUUUUGCUUUGGAAACACCUACUCACUCUGCUAUAGUCAUGCAACCUGCAGAUUAUACUGAUUCUACUUGUUACAAAUUGGAGAAAGUAUUUAAUAAAUCCUGUUAAUUUUUAUACUGACAAUAAAAAAUGUUUCUACAGAUAUUAAUGUUAACAAGACAAAAUAAAUGUCACGCAGCUUAUUUUUUUAA